AUGAGUGCUGGCGUGUGGAUGAGUGCUGGCGUGUGGAUGAGUGCUGGCGUGUGGAUGAGUGCUGGCGUGUGGAUGAGUGCUGGCGUGUGGAUGAGUGCUGGCGUGUGGAUGAGUGCUGGCGUGUGGAUGAGUGCUGGCGUGUGGAUGAGUGCUGGCGUGUGGAUGAGUGCUGGCGUGUGGAUGAGUGCUGGCGUGUGGAUGAGUGCUGGCGUGUGGAUGAGUGCUGGCGUGUGGAUGAGUGCUGGCGUGUGGAUGAGUGCUGGCGUGUGGAUGAGUGCUGGCGUGUGGAUGAGUGCUGGCGUGUGGAUGAGUGCUGGCGUGUGGAUGAGUGCUGGCGUGUGGAUGAGUGCUGGCGUGUGGAUGAGUGCUGGCGUGUGGAUGAGUGCUGGCGUGUGGAUGAGUGCUGGCGUGUGGAUGAGUGCUGGCGUGUGGAUGAGUGCUGGCGUGUGGAUGAGUGCUGGCGUGUGGAUGAGUGCUGGCGUGUGGAUGAGUGCUGGCGUGUGGAUGAGUGCUGGCGUUUGGUUCAGCGGCGCACAAUCAUAG